GGUUUAUAAAAGGAAUCCGGAAUAGUGAAGUUUACUACAGUUUGAAUACAAUGGCUAGCAGAACAACUUGGACUUUUCUUUUCGCAUUUGCUGCUUUGCAAUCAGCGCUCGCAGCACCCGCGGCAAAUAGACAUCAGUUACAAUAUGAGGUGACCAACGAACUCUUUCAACUGGUAACAGAUGCUUUGGAAGAGCUGAGAAAUGUUUUUCAACUGGUCAUCGACGAAGCUGAACUUAUUUUACCGCCGGAUUCGAAAGGUCUCAUACUCACGGAGCUUAAAGAAUUUGUCAAGGUGUUGGACACCCUGGAUUUGGAUGAUUCACUUGAGCUGAGCAUUCUGGAAGAUGCUCUGGAGGAAAUGGAAAACAUAAUUGAAAUCGCAGACAGUAAAGAAUUCGAAUCUGAGGCGGACGAGGUUGUCGUUCAGUUAUUUAUACAGCACGGUGGGGAAGACUUGGAGCAGAUACUGGAGAGAAAUUUGGAAAACACCCUGAAAUCAAUCGAGCGAAAGGUGGAAAAUUAUAUGAGCACAUGGUCUGACAGUAGAUUGGUCAGAAAUUCCGAUUUAGUUAAGCAGUUUAUGGACUUUAAGAACGAGAGGGACGUCUUUGAGAAGUUGGAUAAGUUGUCAAAUUCUGAUUUCAUUUAAUAAACUAUAUAAUGUUUCUCAAUACAUUAA